AUGCCACGGCCACCUCUUGCCAGCUGCUCACAUACCCGAGCCCUAAAAGAUGAUGAAGAAGAAAUCCAGCCCUGUUUUCACCAUCAUGUUCCAACUCCUCCAGGAGACCAUGUCAAGAAUCAUAGCAGCUCUGGAGACAAUACGAUGAAAAAUUCAAAUGACCCACCUGCAUCUUCCUUAAAAGGGCUGGUAAAAAACAAAAACCGUGGCACCUCAAGACAACAUGAAGGAAAAAACAGAAAUAACAAGAAGAAAUUGUCCAGGCAGAACCUUGUCCUUGAAGAAGUGUCUCUGUCUCCAGAACCAUUAGGCUUGAGUUUGGAGUUUCAGGAGCCGCUAUACAAGGAGGCAAUAGUUUCUACUCGUUUAUCAGAUGAUGAUGACGAUUGGAGAGAAAAAUUCCCACCCUCUUCCUAUGAUAAAACACAUUUAUCCAGGAUCUGUAACGUUACCCAGUGUGAUCCUUUUGAUUACAAUUCAGCAAUUCUUUCAGGAAUGGAAGCUUUCUCUUCAUGGCCAUUCAAUGAUAAUGACCCUUGCAUUGGGUGCCCUUCGCAUGCCAAAGUCACAGAAAGCUACACUUCUCACGAAGAACCUAUUGAAGAAGUGGAUUUUGUGUCCUCACAGUUGAGUUAUCAAGAACUUAAAGAGGAAAACUCCAUGCUGAGGAGAAAGAUCAAAAGAAUACAGAACUUCUCGGAAAGUCAGACCCAGAUGGUGCGAAACCUUGAGAGGACACUGCAAGCCACUAUGAACAAGGAGGAGAAAGAGGCUCAAGAUUUGGAAGCAUUGAUGCAGCAGGCAGAGCAGAAUCUUCAGUCGAUGUCCCAAAGAGCUCUGAAGGCAGAAAGCAAUAUUGAAAAGCUGAAACAAGAAAUGUCCUUCCUUCAGGCAGAGUUGACCUGCUACAAAGUAGAGAACGAAAGCCUGCGAUCAGGCCAAUCUACUAACAUGGGGGCAGUGAAACAGCAUGUGGACAUUGCUUUGCAAAAUCUUCUGAGGGUCACCAACCAUGCUCAUGCUACGAUUCACCAGUUGGUCUUUGGUGCAGAAACACUGACACUUGUUGCUGACCUGCUUAAAUCUGUGGGUAGAAUGUCAGAAGUUGAAAAGGAAGAAGAACAGCAAACUUAG